CGGAGCUCUUCCCCGUCCAUGGCGGUUGUUGCCGAUCAGAAGACCACCACCUGAAUUAGAACUGAAAAUUCGCUUCAAGAAUCCCAUAAGGAAAUAGCAUAUUUUUUCGAUUCCAAUUCAAUGUUGAAGGUUGUGAACUCCUCAUGCUUCCGGAGCCGGCUCCACAAUCUGGCCCCGAGUCUCCGGCCGGCGACCGAGUCGGCCUCGCCUCUGGCUAGGGUUCUUGGGUCUCUCAGAGGACUGGGCGGGAGAAACUCGAAGUUGUGUGGUCGGGCGUUUUUCUGCUCCGACGCCAGUGAUGGGUCGGAACAGGUGGUUGAAAUGGAGGCCAAGGCGGAGGAGGCCGGGGCGGAGGAUGCUGAGGCGAAAUCUUCAUCUGCUAUUGUUCCGACGAAUCCUCGACCGGAGGAUUAUCUGACGGUCUUGGCGUUGCCAUUGCCUCACAGGCCAUUAUUUCCUGGAUUUUACAUGCCAAUUUAUGUGAAGGAUCCUAAACUAUUGGCAGCUCUACAAGAAAGCAGAAGAAGGCAAGCUCCAUAUGCUGGUACCUUCCUUCUUAAGGAUGAACCAGGGACCGAUCCUAGUUUAGUUUCUGGAAGUGAAACAGAAAAAAGUAUAAGUGAUUUGAAAGGCAAAGAAUUAUAUGAUAGGCUUCAAGAAGUUGGCACACUUGCCCAGAUUUCAAGUAUUCAAGGAGACCAGGUGGUGCUUAUUGGUCAUAGAAGACUCCGAAUUACAGAGAUGGUUAGCGAGGAGCCCCUAACUGUGAAAGUUGAUCAUCUCAAGGAUAAACCUUAUAAUAAAGAUGAUGAUGUUAUAAAGGCAACUUCAUUUGAGGUUAUAUCUACACUAAGGGAUGUUUUGAAGACCAGUUCUCUUUGGAGGGAUCAUGUUCAAACAUACACCCAGCAUAUUGGCGAUUUCAAUUUUCCAAGAUUAGCAGAUUUUGGGGCGGCAAUAUCUGGAGCAAAUAAAUUACAAUGCCAGCAAGUGCUUGAAGAAUUAGAUGUAUAUAAACGAUUGAAACUUACACUUGAGUUAUUGAAGAAGGAGAUGGAAAUAAACAAGAUUCAGGAAUCUAUAGCAAAGGCAAUUGAGGAGAAGAUAAGUGGCGAGCAACGUCGUUACUUAUUGAACGAGCAACUUAAGGCCAUUAAAAAGGAGCUAGGACUUGAAACAGAUGACAAAACAGCUCUUUCAGCAAAGUUUAGAGAAAGACUUGAACCAAACAAAGACAAAUGUCCUCCACAUGUGGCACAAGUUAUCGAAGAAGAGCUUACGAAGCUGCAGCUUUUGGAGGCCAGUUCGAGUGAGUUUAAUGUUACAAGAAACUAUCUGGAUUGGUUGACUGCACUUCCUUGGGGAGUUUACAGUGAUGAGAAUUUUGAUGUUCUUCGCGCACAAAAGAUUCUAGAUGAAGAUCAUUAUGGAUUAACUGAUGUGAAAGAAAGAAUCCUCGAAUUUAUUGCUGUUGGAAAGCUCAGAGGAAGUUCACAAGGAAAAAUCAUAUGUCUCUCUGGUCCACCUGGAGUGGGAAAAACCAGUAUUGGUCGUUCAAUUGCCCGUGCCUUGGAUCGUAAGUUCUACCGAUUUUCUGUUGGAGGAUUAGCCGAUGUUGCUGAAAUUAAGGGUCAUCGGCGAACCUAUAUUGGUGCAAUGCCAGGAAAGAUGGUGCAGUGUCUCAAAAAUGUUGGAACUGCUAAUCCUCUAGUCCUUAUUGAUGAGAUAGACAAGCUUGGAAGAGGUCAUGCUGGAGAUCCUGCUAGUGCUUUGCUGGAGCUUCUUGAUCCGGAGCAGAAUGCUAACUUUUUGGACCAUUAUCUUGAUGUCCCAAUUGACCUUUCAAAGGUUCUUUUUGUCUGCACGGCAAAUGUUGUUGAAAUGAUACCCAAUCCUCUUCUUGACAGAAUGGAGGUCAUUGCCAUUGCUGGAUAUAUUACCGACGAGAAGAUGCACAUAGCGAGGGACUACUUGGAGAAAGCUACACGCGAAGCAUGUGGGAUUAAACCUGAACAGGUUGAAGUGACUGAUGCUGCCCUUCUUGGUCUCAUAGAAAACUAUUGCCGAGAGGCAGGGGUUAGAAAUCUACAGAAGCACAUUGAGAAGAUCUAUCGCAAGGUUCAUAUUGCUCUUCAGCUUGUAAGACAAGGAGCAUCAAAUGAACCUGCACCGGUAGAGGUUGUCGAAUCUAAUGAAGAGAAGCUAGAGCUAAUAGACGAAUCAAGUCAAAACAAUAGUGAAAGCGAGAGUCAAAGUGAAAGUGAAUUGAUCAAUGAAAGUAGCCAAGAUAAAAAAGCUGAAUCCUUUUCCGAGGCCGAGAAGAUAUCGGGUGAUCUUCUAGCUGAUGAUUCUCAUCCCAAUCAACCUGUGGUUUCCAAGGAUGAAUCAGAAACAAGGCAAAUCACUGAAAGUGAAGUCACCAGCGAAAUCGAGAAAGUGAUCGUGGACUCACCAAAUCUAGCUGAUUACGUGGGGAAACCAGUUUUCCAUGCCGAGCGUAUUUAUGACCAUACACCAGUCGGGGUUGUGAUGGGGCUUGCUUGGACUGCCAUGGGAGGUUCCACUCUCUACAUAGAAACCACUCAAGUUGAGCAAGGAGAGGGGAAAGGGGCGCUUCAUCUGACUGGUCAGCUUGGAGAUGUCAUGAAAGAAAGUGCUCAAAUCGCUCACACACUUGCCCGGAGGAUAUUGCUCGAAAAAGAACCAGAUAAUCCCUUCUUUGCAAACACCAAGCUUCAUCUUCACGUUCCUGCCGGAGCAACGCCCAAGGAUGGACCGAGUGCUGGUUGCACCAUGAUAACAUCUCUAUUGUCACUUGCCAUGAAGAAGCCUGUCAGAAAGGAUCUAGCCAUGACUGGAGAAGUAACUUUGACCGGAAAAAUUCUUCCGAUUGGUGGGGUGAAGGAGAAAUCCAUAGCUGCAAGAAGAAGUGAAGUGAAGACAAUAAUAUUUCCUUCUGCAAACAGGAGGGACUUUGAUGAGCUUGCUUCCAAUGUCAAAGAAGGUCUUGAUGUUCAUUUUGUGGAUGAGUACAGCCAGAUAUUCAACCUGGCAUUUGAGGACAAACCAUAAUGAACCAAAAUGAAAUUUGAUCAUACACUACUUUACAUUUAACACUCAUCUGGGUUUCUUCAUGACUAAUUAAUGAUUUAUGACACACAGAACUACCCAGUUUUGUAUUAUUUAUAUGUCUUCAAUUGAUGAAGGGAGAGGCUUUGAUUAAUAACCUCACCCAUUCUUUCACCGGCUUCUCUAUUCUCAGUGUAAUAUUUAUGAACAUUAAUUAUUAAGAUAAGUGGAGAUCAAUCUUUUCUUUAUUGA